AAAAAUAAAACGGAGCUUUCUACCAAAAAAAAAAAAAAACGAACAACGCAAGGGUUUUAGACCUCCUGGCCUUCCCUCUUCCUCUUUGUCUCUCUGUGCUUAUGGCCUCUGCCUCUGCUUCUUUCACAGUCCCACUUGCAAUCCACCUCAGAUAACACAAACCCCACCCAAGGCUCGAUAUAUUUACAUAUAUGCCACUAUAACCCAUGCUAGACGGUUCUUUUAUACGGCAGAAGUAGAGCUGCUAAGCUGGGGAGGUUUGCUGAGGUUUUAGCUAUGGGGGUCACCUGCACCACCACUCCUAUUAGUCCCUUUAGGCCAUUAUGCCCUUCUUAUUUCAACCUAUCUCGCUCGUGUCCUUGCUUUGCCUCCAGAGCUGCUUCUUCAAGGCCUUUCUCCGUUGCUCUUCACAGGUUUUUGGGGGAAAUCCCAUUGCGAGUAAUUGAUGGCAUGCAAAGGAGAGGUGAAAAGAGGAUGGUAGUUCCAAGAAUUUAUACCCCUCAAGGUUUUGAGGUCACUACGAUCCCAUGUGAUGGUACUAGAGCCUUGUGGAAGCAAAAAAGUAUUGAACUGUUCAAGCAGAAACGUGAAUAUGAUUGUAGCCCUUAUUCAUUUAAAUAUGAAAAGAUGGAUAUUAAUGCAAUCAGAAUACAAGAUAAACCAAAGAGUCAGAAACAAUUAAUUUCCAGGGAUGUUGGUCAGCUGAUUGAUAACAAAAGGCCAAAUGGUUUAUCUUCGAAUGACAUUUUAAAAGAGGAUGUGUUGAAUAAUGAAUCAUUCAUGCAGAGAAUGAAGAAUAAGAAACAGUUCGAGUCUAAAGAACUUGGACACACAGGUACUGGUUCAACAGAUAAAGCCCAGACCCAUGGAAGACCUCAUAAGCCUGGCAUUCAUGACAGGCUUACUAAUAUUUAUGAGAGGGUUCUGGUUGUUGAUAAUGCUUCCAUGGCAAGGGAGGUUGUUAGUAAGCUUACAAAUCAGUAUAGGCAUCUUAUCCAUGCUUGCGAUACUGAGGUAGCCAAGAUUGAUGUGAAAGAGGAAACACCCAUUGACCAUGGAGAGAUAACAUGCUUUAGUAUUUAUUCUGGACCGGAGGCAGAUUUUGGAAAUGGGAAAUCUUGUAUCUGGGUAGAUGUUCUUGAUGGUGGCGGCUGGGAUCUUUUGCAUGAAUUUGCUCCAUUUUUUGAAUCCCCGGACAUAAAAAAGGUGUGGCACAACUACAGCUUUGAUAACCACGUCAUCGAGAACUACGGGUUUUCUGUUUCUGGUUUUCAUGCUGAUACAAUGCACAUGGCACGAUUAUGGGAUUCAUCAAGAAGAAUAAAUGGUGGAUAUUCUCUUGAAGCUCUUACAGGUGACCAAAAGGUCAUGUGCGGGGCAGAACCAUGCUAUAAAGAGUUGAUUGGUAAAGUAUCAAUGAAAAAAAUCUUUGGCAAGCAAAAGGUGAAAAAAGAUGGAUCUGAAGGCAAAUUGACCACCAUUGCCCCUGUUGAAGAGCUACAAAGAGAAGCGCGAGAACCAUGGAUCUGUUAUUCUGCUCUAGAUGCAAUAAGCACUUUGCAGCUUUAUAAAAGCUUGGAAAGCCAACUAUCUAAAAUGCCAUGGAAUAUGGAUGGAAAGCCGGUUCUUAAAAAAUCUAUGUUUGAGUUCUACCUGGAAUAUUGGCAACCAUUUGGGGAGAUUCUAGUUAGAAUGGAAAGUGAGGGCAUGCUGGUUGAUCGAGCAUAUCUUGCUGUGAUGGAGAAGGUGGCCAAAGCAGAACAGGAGGUUGCUGCUAGUAGAUUUCGCAAUUGGGCCUCUAGGUAUUGCCCUGAUGCCAAGUACAUGAAUGUGGGAAGUGAUACUCAACUGCGCCAACUACUUUUUGGUGGUAUUUGUAACAGCAAGGAUCCACUCGUUACUCUUCCCGAAGUUAAAACAUUCAAAGUCCCAAAUGUUGAUAAAGUGAUUGAAGAAGGAAAGAAGACUCCCACAAAAUUUCGCGACAUCAAGUUAUGUAGCAUUAGAGUUGAUCUGCCUGUUGAGACGUAUACAGCUUCUGGUUGGCCAUCAGUCAGCGGAGAUUCUUUGAAGAGCUUGGCCAGGAAGAUUUCUUCAGAAUAUGUUGUCAAUGAUGCUGCUGGCUUGCAGUUAGAUGAUGUUGUCUUUGAUGAUUCUGAGACAAUGACAGAUGAAGAUUUGGAAUCAAAAGAGUUAUCUGUUGUUGAGAAUGAAGAUGAAUCUGGUCAUGCAGGAAAUCUGCGCAGGUUUCAAACGCCAGAAGAAGGGAUUGAGGCUUGCCAGGCUAUUUCUUCUUUAUGUGAACUUUGCUCCAUUGAUUCUUUGAUAUCCAACUUCAUCCUCCCCCUGCAGAGCAAUAACCUAUCAGGCAAGAGUGGGCGUGUUCAUUGUUCUCUGAAUAUCAACACAGAAACUGGGCGCUUAUCAGCUAGGAGACCAAAUUUGCAGAAUCAGCCUGCUUUAGAGAAAGAUCGGUACAAGAUCCGUCAGGCAUUUAUAGCUGCACCUGGAAAUUCACUUAUUGUUGCUGAUUAUGGGCAACUGGAACUUAGGGUUCUUGCACAUCUUGCCAACUGUAAGAGCAUGUUGGAUGCUUUCAAAGCUGGUGGAGAUUUCCAUUCAAGGACAGCUGUGAACAUGUAUCCGCAUAUUCGUGAAGCCAUUGAGAAAAAGCAUGUGCUUCUUGAAUGGUAUCCUCAACCUGGUGAAGAUAAACCCCCAGUUCCACUGUUGAAGGAUGCCUUUGCUUCUGAAAGAAGAAAAGCUAAAAUGCUUAACUUUUCAAUUGCAUAUGGAAAGACUCCAGUGGGGCUUUCCAGGGAUUGGAAGGUUUCUGUGGCAGAAGCAAAGGAAACUGUUAAUCUCUGGUAUAAAGAAAGAAAAGAAGUGCUUAAAUGGCAACAAGCUCGUAAGAAAGAAGCCAGAGAAGAUGGACGUGUUCACACAUUGCUGGGACGGGCUCGUGUCUUUCCUUCAUUGACUGAUGCUAGCUCUUCUCUAAGAGGUCAUGUUGAGCGGGCUGCUAUCAAUACCCCAGUGCAGGGUAGUGCUGCUGAUGUUGCUAUGUGUGCAAUGUUAGAAAUAUCAAAGAACAAUCGUCUGAAGGAACUUGGAUGGAAGCUGCUUUUACAGGUUCAUGAUGAAGUGAUUUUGGAAGGACCAACCGAGUCAGCUGAGGUUGCCAAGGCCAUAGUUGUCGAUUGCAUGUCCAAGCCCUUUGGUGGCAAGAAUUUUCUUAAGGUGGACCUAGCUGUUGAUGCAAAGUGUGCUCAAAACUGGUAUUCCGCCAAGUAGGUAUAUGGUGCCAUUGCGACAAUCGGAUCUCAUUGGGGUUGUGAAAUGUUAUUUUGAGGUUUCUCCUACCUUGAGAAUGGAGUUCGAUAUUCCAGCAGAGUUCACAUUUUCGAUGUCAAGGCAGAUUCCAUUCUUGAAACUAUUUUGCUUCAUGAGCCGUUCUCAAUACAAGCUAGUCAGCUACCAUGAAGUCAAAUUGCUGCAUUUCAUGAUGUGUUUGCACUGUUUCGGCCAUGAAUAGGCGAGGCUGUUUUUCUGUCCUGCUUCGUUGGCAUCUUCAAAUCUCAUAUGCAUGGUGAGGAUGGACAUGCAUGAAGUCCUAUAUAUAUAGAUGCUAUUUUAAGCAACCUGUAAAAUCUCUAGUGAGUGGUGAGUUUAGGAGUUAGUGUUAGUGCAAUUGCAUCAAGCAUGUAAAAGAUUGACCCGGAUGUUAUGAAAAAUAGUUAUGGUAAUAUUGCAGCUGUU